AUGACAAUGACAAUGAUGGUGAUAAARGUUGAGAAACAUUCAAAAGUAGGAGAGUUGAGUCCAUCAUCGAGACGACUCAAAGAUAAAUCAAAGGACAGUGAUAAAUACUUGGAUGAGAUAUUAUCACCUAGUUCUCCAAUUGGACAAUUCAAGAAGAGCAUUGAUGACCGACGACAUCGAUUCGUAGACCAAAAGAUGUUGGCCAAACUCAAAGUCCUCGAGUUUGUAAACAGCAGGCGAGAAGAAUUCGAGCAACUCCUUCUCAAGAAAGGCGCCUCCGACCUCCUUCGCACCGGUGACAAGUUGGCCUUUGUCAUGGGUGUAUUGAACUUAUGUAUAAUAUCCUUUGUAUAUGGCCGCGCUCCGAAGUAUAUCCCGGAUGUAUUUGCGGUGGAGUUCUGUCUUGGAUUUAUACUGAGACUGUAUUCAUAUCGCAAGAAGAAGCAACAUUACUUCCUCUUUGACUAUUGCUACUAUGCCAACUUCAUGCUACUUUGGUAUACUCAUGGACCCGAGUACGUACGUAGUUCCACCGUCCUCUUCAAGAUAUGUUUCAGUUUCUGUAAUGGUCCACUAAUGUGGGCAAUUGUUGCUUGGAGGAACUCAUUGGUAUUCCAUUCACUUGAUAAGGCCACUUCAGUAUUGAUACAUAUACUGCCAGCUAUUGUUACGGCCAGUGUGAGAUGGCAUAUAUUACCAGCGACUCAUCCAAUUGAUAAGGAGUCAUUGACGGCAACUUGGACAGAGACAUUCUGGAUACCAAUGUUCUUUUACUUGCUCUGGCAGACUAUAUAUGUAUAUGUUAUGUUGUUGCGACAGAAUACUAUACGUGAGAGAAACUAUAUAACUACAUUGAACUUCUUGACCAAUCAUCAAAGCAAUAGUAUAGUCUCACGUAUACUCAACAUCCUGCCAACCAAGAAGGUCUACAUAUUCAUGCUAUCACAACUACUCUACACCAUCCUCACCAUGCUACCAUGCAAGAUACUCUACAACAACAUGAACCUUCAUCUCGGAUACAUUGUCUGCAUGCUAUUGGUGUGCAUUUGGAAUGGCGCCAACUAUUAUAUUGAGUUCUUUAGCACUCACUAUGUUAAGCAACUGAAGGAGAAGGAGCAACGAUGGAAGAAGACUAUUGUGUCGUCGUUUGGUGCAGGUGACAUGUCACCAAUGAUGCAAUCAUCCACAAACCAAUCAACAACAUCGGACAACGCAAUCGGUGAAGUAGGCUCCUCGCCCCAGCUCCUGUCGGUU